UUGACAGUAUAACAAAAACUGGGGACUGAUCAUUGUAGCCACAGAGCCCAGGGUACCCUGCACUCACCAACAGGCCAGUUGAUGCUCCUCUCAGAGGCCAAGGGCCUUGACCAUCAUGCAACCUUGGGUAGCCAUCUCCAGCUUCAUACUACUUCUGACAGAUGCUGUAGUUUCUCACACUCAAGUGACUGGAGUGGUGGGUCAUUCCGCCAUGCUACCCUGCACCUACUCAACAGCUAAUGGAGUCACAGCCAUGUGCUGGGGCCGGGGGCCGUGUCCCAUGUCCCAUUGCUCAGAUGAAGUGGUCUGGACGGAUGGAUCCCAUGUCACUGUUCAGAAGCACCCGCGUUAUAAGCUAAAGGGAAACAUCUUAGGAGGGAACGUGUCUUUGACCAUAGAGAAUGUGACCCAGACUGAUAGGGGUUUGUACUGCUGCCGUGUUGAGCACAAGGGGUGGUUCAAUGAUAUGAAACUCACCCUAUCAUUGGAGAUAAAGCCAGCUGAGGUCACCAGUGUUCCAACGUCACCUAGGGUCUUUACCUCUACUUCUUCAAUGCCAGCACCCACGCAGAACCUCAAGCCAGUAGCUACUUCAUCUUUUACAGUGCAGACAGCAGGAACCCAGCCCACUGCGCCGCCACAGGAAACGAGCACAAGGCAACCCACCAAUUCACCGUUGUACUCCUGCCCGACAGAUGGGAAUGGCACUGUAACACAGUCUUCAGAUGGCCUUUGGCAUAGCAAUCAAACUUAUGUGUCGCUGGCACAAAAUCCAUGGAUGACCACCAGUAAGGGACUCUACAUUGGCAUCUGCAUUACUGCUGUGGUAUUGCUCGCUGUGUUGGUUGUCGUGAUUACCAAAAAAUACUUAUGCAUAAGAAACAAGCUGGAACAACUAAACAUGGUUUCAUUGAAUGACCCUCGGACUGGAGCUUUGCAAAGUGCAGCUGAAGUGGGUGUCCGAGCAGAAGACAAUAUCUACAUUAUCGAGGACAAUCUUUAUGUCAUGGAUUAAGACCCAGUGGCCUUCUGAGGAUUUAUGUCCUUGGCUUCAGAAGACAGUGACAAGAUAUCACCAUGUCAGAGUUCUUUUAAGCUCUAGAAUGAUUUUUCUGUCAAUUUCCAAUGAUAUUCCAACAUGUCAGUUAUGUUGGGUAGAGUGACUUUGGUUCAUCUGUGUACAGUCUACCUCAUUGGUCACAGAGUUUUAAUUUUUUGUGCUAAAACUUGUUCAGGCUUUCUCCCAAACAUGAACAUAUUCUCACUGGUGAGACAGGAGAAGAACUACCACCUUGGUCACCAAAGCUGUCAAGAAGAGCAGACUAGGAGUUAAAAUCAGUAAAUCUGAUUUGAGACUUAAAGGACUUCACUUGGAAGCAUUUCAUGAUAAUCUCUUGUUUUUUACCUUGUAACUCCCAAUGUUACAUUUCUUAGGUUCCCCAAGGCUUUCAAAUCACAGGGGUACACAGGUCUUUAUUUCCCCAUGGGGAAAUAGAAGUGAAUGUGAUUUCACCAUUAUAGGUCAAUAUGAUUUCUCAUGGCUCUGGAAAUAUACCAUAUUAAGGCUUUCCUUGGACCCAAAGUGGGUAUUUUAGCAGUUAGGAGAAACUAGGGUAGUAAGUGGACAAAGUAGAUACCAGGGAAAGAUAAUCAGUUGCCAUAUGAUUUAUUGCAUGCUAUUUCUGCUACAUCUGUUCCACAGUUCCAAGCACUUGUAUAGACAAUUGUCAUGCUCUCUGAACUAAUUUUUAGAAUGAGGCAGGGCAGAAAUAAAUAGAAGAAAAAAAGGGAGAAGGCUAAAAGGCUUCCUCCUUUAGAAUAGUUACUUUGCAAAUAUAAUAGUGUUGUUUGAGAGUGUCACUAGUUUGAAUCAAAAUUCUAAAUUGUCCUCAAACCCCUGCAAUUUUUAAAAUUGUUUUGGAAAGAUGAAGGGUGGUUUUUGUUUUUUUUUUAAUAGCAAACCAGUUCCAAUGCUAUUCUUUUUUCACAGUUCAAUUAAAUUUUUGGUUUUUCCAAGAGUUAAACAAAGGCUAAUGGCGAGGAUAUCUGUGGUCACCAGAAGCUUUGCUACGUGAACAGUUGAGGAGGCUGGGUAUUAAUUUCAAUCUGAGUACACCCUGAAAUAACUCCUGCUUAGGGUUCAGAGUUACACCAUAGUGGUCUAAGAGGGCAGGAUGUUAGUUUAUUUCUGAAGACAACAUCUUUGACAUUGUUCUGCAGAGUCCUAGGAAAUGGACAGGACCUCUGAAUAAAGGUUAUAUGGGCAAAUAAGAUUGUUAAACAUGCUAUACUGGGUUUUCUAAAUGGGGCCAAGACCUGAUCUGGCCCAGGGCAUUUUGUUUAAACUGUAGUGUUUUUCUUUUAAAAUUCAAGAUAACAUGCAUGAACAUGGAGCUCUCAGAUUAAAGCCUGGAUUUGUAGCUUCUCUGGAAAGACCUGGCAACAUUGGAUGGAAUUCCUACAUUGUCAGGGCCCCAUUAAAUGGUGCUACAUCCCUUCUGCCCCUAGUCCUCGCCUUGCCUGCACACACACACGUUUGUUCCCUGCUUUGUGACUGGGACUUUGAAUUUAUGACAGCCCUAUUCUCCAUUCCCUUCCUGGAGAUUUAUAAUGCCACAUUAAAGUUCUGGGAGUCUGGUUAAUUCUGUUAAUCCAGCAUUUUCAAAAUUUGCUUGAAACCCAUGAACAUGGUGACUCCUGGCCUAUCCAGUAGCAUUCUGUGAAACAAUAUAUAAGGACAUGUGGGAAAGGAGGUGGUACACAGAAUUAGGACUAGGACCUGAGUUCUAGUCUUAACUCUCAACAGAAACACUGGAUGACAUUAGGGUAAAUCUUUCUUGUUGCCUACAUUUUCUAAUCUAUCAGGAAUAGGGUGAAUCUUUCUUGUUGCCUGCAUUUUCUAAUCUAUCAAGCAUAAUUAUGUCCAUAAUUAUAUUGGUGUGUAGCAGUAAUUCCAAUGACACGUUACUUCAAGUCUUUGGAAAGUAGAAAACACUACAGAAAUACAAAGAGCUUUUUUUUUUUUUUUUUUUUUGGUUGAGUUUGCAGUAAUAGAUUUAGCCUUAGCGCUCAGUAAAUAAUUUCAAUGGUGUUGCAUUCAUAUGUCUUUUGCUAUAUGGUACUUUUUUGGGGGUGGGUGGGUGGGAGUAAUGUAUCUUUUUUGGAAAAGUUGAUAUUGGGUAAUUUGGCUAAUUUUAUACUGUAGAAAAAUGUGUACUGUAGAGGAUGAAUAGGUGGGAAGAGGAAGGGGAGGUAUUUAGUUAAUACUUAAUUCUUUUCUGUGACUAUAUCCAUCUUGUAGAAUGCAUUGACUUUUGUUUUCAAUCCUUUGAGACAAUUGAGGUUCCAUUUUCUAUAAUCUGUCUUGAGACAUUAGGACACUGGUGUAAGUAAGAUAUUUAAACUUGGGAAAUUUUGUACGUCUCCAAGAAGUAGCAGAACCAAGCUUUCACUAAUGGCUAAUCACUAAUCACUAAGAUAAUUUUGUGAGUACAUGAAAGUAUGAGGGACUCUUUGUGACUAGUUUCAUUUGUAGGUACACUCAUUAAUAAAAGAGAUUUUUGUUU